AUGCCCCUAGUACAAUAUUCUGAUUCGGAAUCCGACUCAGAAUCUAGAUCUUCUCUCCGCCCAGCCAAGAAACCUCGCCACAACAUCAAUCCGGGGCCAUCGCUGCCGCCCCUACCUGCAUCAUUCCACAACCUCUAUGCCUCGAGCACACGUGUGAGCGUGCAAGAUAUACCCAGUCUCCAUGGCGGUCGAACGCGUGUAAUUCCCCAUGUGGAAGGAAACUGGCCAACGCAUCUUUACCUCGAAUGGUACCCGGGGAAAGACGAGCUAUCCCCCCUCGAGAAUUUCAUCACCCACUCUGGGAAUGUGCCGGAUGAAAAAGCGCCCGUGGUGCACAGUCUUUUACAUAGCGAUCUUGGUGCCCAACUACCCCUUCAUAUCAGCCUAUCUCGGCCGGUGAUUCUGCGCACCGAGCAACGUGCCUCGUUCACCGAGGCGCUGCAAAAGGCUAUCCACGAGUCGCAUGUUAUGUCAUUUGACGUUCAACCGGAUACUUUAUAUUGGUCAUCUAACUAUGAAAAGACACGCUGGUUUCUCGUCUUGGGCAUGAAGAGACCGGGCCAUGACGGUCUAAACCGCCUCUUAAAGCUGUCAAAUGAAACUCUUGCUCGCUUUGGUCAGCCACCACUUUAUGCAACCUCCUCGACACAAGGGCAGCAGACCAGUGCAUCCCUCCGCAAAGGGAGUAGUAGUAUGAGCGGCGAAGAUUUCUCGGGAUGCUUCCAUAUCUCACUUGCUUGGAGUCUGUCAGAGCCUAGUGUAAAGGAACGCGAACGGGUUGCUGGGAUAGAUCUGCAAGCCUUACGGGGGAUCCAGGUUGGAUUCGAUAGUGUCAAAGCAAAGAUUGGGAAUAUUGUCGGUAGCAUACCACUAGGAAAAGGCUCAUAA